CAAAGGACCAGUUGUGUUAUCCGUCACCAGUGGAACAAUCCACAAUCUACAGCAUUUCUCUGCUAGUCAAAGGGAAGAAAGGGCAGUGGCUAAUCCGCCAUUGUGAAGGUAAGGACGCGGGACCGAUUUGGGAUGAAUGGAACACAACAGGGUCCAAAAUGAGAAGAACGGGAGGCCUUUCAAUCAUUUUAUCUCCUGGCAUUAAGCCACUUGAUCCCCCUAAGGUGCAGAAGCACAUCCCGGAUUAGUGUUUAGCCUUGAGAUAUAGCUUUGAAACGCCGAUACCGAAUUAAGUAAGGUUAGCAGAUAUCAUCGUAGCGCAGGACAGAGGACCUGCUGUUGGUAUAAGAAGGGCAUUCCCUUUGUUGUCCCAUCUUUCCCCAAGUCUUCCUUCCCAUUCCCCCUUUGACCUCGAAUUCAGUUGACCUGGCACUGCCAAAGACACUUGAACACAUACGAUACCUUGACAGAUCAUGGACAACUUUUGGAUGACUAACGGGUUUGUGGGUAUGCCUGCUGGUCCUAUCGAAGAUUCUCCUCAUGAUUCGUUCGCUCUAUCUUCUAUCCCUCCAGACCACGCUCAUCCCCAACCUUACCAAAGCCAGACCAACUUUCCUUAUCAGCCUCAUGUCCAUCCAUACUCACUUCGCACUCAACGAUCAACUUCAUCACUCUCCGGUUGGUCCACCGUCACGUCAGAUACCAAUACUGCGUCUGAUUUCGAUGAUGAUGCUUCCUCCAUGUCCGCAUUCUCCUCCAACGUUUCUCCACAAAGCCUUUGGGUUGGACCUCAAAAUCAGUCAAGCCAAUCUUCACCACAAAGAGCGCCUAGUUUAUCGAUUGACCCAAAAUUGUUCGCACCCAUGGAAAAGGAUGGGAAAGCAGAUGAAGGAAUGCUAGAGACCGCCAAGCCAAAGGAGCUCGCAAGGGCAGAAGUUACAGCAGUGGUUUUAGGAAGUUCAAAGAAGGAGAAAUUAGAGAACUGCAAGAAAAAAGUCAGUCAUGCAAGAAAGCAAACUGCAGACCAUAUUCCUAGACCCCGAAAUGCUUUUAUCCUUUUCAGGAAACAUGUUGUGGAUGCCAAACUCAUUCCUGCUUCGGUUGAGAUGAGACACCAAAACGUUAGCAUUAUCACAGCCAAAAUGUGGAGCGAGGCUCCAGCUGAGCAAAAGGCCCACUUUAAUGAGCUCGCUCGCAUCGAGAAAGAAGAGCACAUGAAGAAAUAUCCUGGCUAUAGGUAUCAGCCAGUCUAUCGUCGAACUAAUGUUGUCCGCCGUCGCGUUCGGAAAGAUGAGGCCGAGGAGGAAAAGUGCAAGAAUGUGGCCGAGCUGUUGAUGAAGGGAAAAAGUGGGCAACAGUUGGAAGAGGAGAUCAAGGAUAAGAUUGCAAAUGGUGAUACAAAGGGUGCGAAGAAAAACAAAAGUAUGAAUGGCGUUUGUGAGCUCUCCAAAGGCGCACUUCGAGCAUUGCGAGCCCAAGCCAGACAAAAACAGGAGCCUUUCAACUCUGGCGAUUGGAGUGAUCUUUCCUGUUCCACCUCAAUGGACCCCGACGCUCAGGGUUCUCGAAGACGACAAUCUAGUGCUUUUGAGAGUACCAGAUCUUCACAAUCACCCAAGCCUGCCAACGGCUUCGAGCAUAGGUUGUUACAGGCACAGAAUCAGGGCCCCAGGAGGCAACUGCAAUAUAUGGCGUACAGUCACCAAGACCUAGCUCCUUGGUCGGGCGACAUUCCUGCAGAACCCAAUGAGAAGCAGGCAUUCGCCUUUACUUCUAGUCAACAAGGAUUUCAGCCUGGCCAACAGAGCCCACCUACGUUUUCCAUUGCCGCACAUACAUAUCCAUUGACUUCACGGCAUUUCCUCUAUCCUCAGCCUCAACCCCAGUUCCAACUCACGAUAAUGCCAGACCAACAAGUGUCCAACCAGUUUUAUGUUCACGACGCUGCUCUUCCAUUUUCUCCAUCUGCUGGUCAAUUUACUUUACAGGGGCAAAACACUAGCAUGCACGCUGAUGAUAUGCCCACCUUUAACAUCGGUAGUGCACAACAGCAGGUCGUUCACCCUCCCAUGUCUGCUCGAUGGGAUAAGGGCCACUUACUACCACCUUCAAGCGACGUGCCUCUUGAGGGUUUACCAUUCGAUGACGGCCUGAUGCUGGGAGACUUUGAGGCAGCCCUUGCUCAUGCGGAUGACAUGGUUGGAGGGGUGUGGUAAUUUAUAUGAUUUUCUGUUUCCUCUUGUUGCUAGUGAUAUCACGAGUGUCAUUGCUCGGAGUGUAGUGCUGCGUUUUUACUUGGACGUUACGAACAUACCAAUACCACUUUGCAUGCAU